AUGGCUGAAGCCCAGCUGUUUGUAUCACAGGACGAGUUCACCUGCUCGGUGUGUCUGGACACCCUGACUGACCCUGUUGCCAUCCCUUGUGGUCAAAGUUUCUGUCUGAAGUGCCUCAUGGACUGCUGGGAUCAGAGCCAACUGUUCAGCUGUCCUAAGUGCAGAGAGAACUUCACCACAAGGUUUACAUUGCGAAGAAACUCUCUGCUGAAUGAAAUCCUCAAGAAAUUCAAGAAGACAGGACUCAGUUCUCCUCCAUCUCAGAAUUAUGCUGGUCCUGGAGAUGUGGAGUGUGACUUCUGUACUGGGAAGAAGUUGAGAGCAGUAAAGUCGUGUCUGACCUGCCCAGCCUCCUACUGUCAGAAUCAUCUGCAGCCUCACUUUGAAAUAGCAGCCUGGAAGGACCACAAGCUGGUUAAUCCUGAUAGAAAUCUAAAGGAGAAACUCUGUGAGAAACAUCAGAAAAGUCUGGAAAUAUUUUGUGAAACUGAUGACGCGUGUAUCUGCAUGAUGUGUGGAGUGACUGAACAUAACAGUCAUAAAAUGGUCAAGCUGGAGAUGGAAAGAGAAGAAAAAGAGUCUUGUGUGUCCAAACAGAAACAGCUGGGGGCAACACUGAGUGACAUCAUGAGGAAACUUGAGGAGAGAGAGAAGACACUGAAGGAGAUGAGGAGGAUGAUGGAGGAGUUGAAGAUCUCUGUGGAAAGAGACAUGGAAGAAAAUGAUAACAGCUUCACUGCUCUGAUACAGUGCACUGAGGAAGUCAACAGAAAACUGACUGAGAGGAUCAGAGAACAAGAAAAGAGAGAAAUGGAGAAGGCUGAAGGAGUCAUGGAACAACUGGAGAAGGAGAUUGAGGAGCUGAAGAGAAGAGAAGCUGAGCUGAAGGAGCUUUCAGAGACCAAGGACCAUCUCCACUUCCUGCAGAGUUUCUCAUCUCACUGUGUUCUUCCUGCUGAUGGAGACUCGCUGAGCUUCACUGUCACCACUGGUUUCACUGCUGAGGAACAGAGAAAGGAGCUGUCAGAUCUGACAAAGAGUCUGGAGAACAUCAGCCAGUGGGUCAUCAUGACAAGGACUCCAUCAGGAAUCCCGAUAAAAAAGCGCAUUACAAUAGUCCAACCUGGAGGAGACAAAGGCAUGAACAAGCCUCUCUGCAUCCGCCAGGAUAUACAGAAGAAUGGCAGCUUACCUCCUGCUUCAUUUGGUCAGCCCUCUCUUCAAUACAAUGAGAAAGGUAUGAAGAUUCACACUGGAGAAAAAACAUAUUGUUGUUAUGAAUGUGAAUGUGGCAAACGAUUCUCACGUCAAAACAUGCUUAAGAGGCACAGAAGGAUCCACAAUGGAGAGAACCAGUACACCUGUUCUGAAUGUGUCCAGGAGACUGAGGGGGGCAUCAUGAUGCAUAACCUUGAACCUCUUCAGUAUUCGAUAAGGUUGAAUGGUGAUAAAGGCCAAGGAGAUAUCCAAGAACAUGAUCAUGACUGUGGUGCUGGCUUUAUCCAAGUGAAAGUAGGACUGUAG